AGUGUAUCAGUACCUAAAUCAACAAAGCUUGACCGUAACAAGCGUUUAGCAACACCUUCCAAAACCGCCAUCUCGAUUCCUCAGUCUAACGUUUCCACUGAACUUAAAGCAGUGGUGCCAACAGAGGAGAGCGCGUCUCAUAAAGGAGAAACAUUUGUACAAGAGAAAGAAGCAACUAUAUGCGAUCACAGAGGUGCGUUGGAACUCUGGUCCACAAGUGGUUAUGCACUGUCCGAAGUAUAAAACAGUUUUGUUGAUAGCUGACAGGUAGAGAAGAACAACAAGUAAACUUUAGAGGUGUUACUGUUGAAGUGUGCUUUGCACUUUUCAUUUGUAUAUAAAGAAGGACUUGUAUUUCGUACCAAAAAUAAAAAGAAGUAAUUUUUUUGGGAGAUUCAGUGAUUGGGACAUUUAAGAAAUUAAAUUAUGAAAGGAAAAUCGGUUUGUACCUCUCACUACUAACAAGUCUUGUUUUAAAUAUAUUUUCAAAUCAGAUUUUCAAAUAAAGCAAAUUGAAGAAGUAAUUUAAAAGGUGUUUUUUCUCAAAGGGAGCAGUGACUACCUCUGUCUUGUCUGCAUGCCAAACAUUUGCCAAUUGUGCAGAUGAUCCACAAGUAUUGGAACUCUUACAAAAAUGUUAUGUAAGAAUAAAAACGGCAAAACAAAUUACAGUAAUCAGUCACAAAAGCAGAGGAAAACACUGAAAAAAAACAGCAACAACAAUCAUGAAAAAGAAAGAUUAAUUAGGUGUUGAAUUUGUUUGUCUAUGGCAUGAACUUUCUACUGAAAAUAAUGUGAAUAGAAAGUCUCUGACCGUGUUUGAGGGAACUGAGCUUGACUAUUCCAAGGUUUUCUAACAAAGGCAACCAGUAAUGUAGAGUAGGGAAUUUCAUUUAUGUUUAUAACUAACUAAGUUAUUUAAGUGUGGAUAACAAUGUAAUUAUUGUUACACAUGUGGAAGUUGUGCACUAAUGAAUGUUUGAUGAUUUUGGCACAUCUGUGAACAUGAGACAUUUUGCAUCACAGCAAAAACUUUUAUGACCAUGGAAUCUAAGAGAUUAGAUAGCAAAUCUGUGAUAUGAUUACAUUGGAUUAAUUGGAAAUUUGGAUUUAACAUAAUUGACUGCUGCUUCAUGAGAAAAUCCAUAUUAAAGUAGAGAUUUACUUAAACUUAUUUUGAAUAAUAACUCUCGUGAUCUUUAAGUUAUAAACAUAUACAUGUACGUAUAUCUCUUGGUAAAUUUUGUAUAUAAAUUUUUUAUUGUGCCAAAGUUUUAAGCCUCUUAAAAUUACUCCUUUUCUUAAAACCUUCACAGCCAAAGUAUUGAGAAUUUCUUGGAAUUAAUUUGUAUAGCUGAGAAUUUCUAGGAAUUCCUAGGAAUUCAAAGUCCUCACAAAACUGGAGUCUUCCAUUCCCAGAAAUUCCCAGUAAUUCCAAGCUUUUCAAAUCAGAGCUUAUUUGCAUAGUUGGGAAUUUUUGGGAAUUCCAAGGAAUUCCUAGGAGUUCCCAGAAAACUGAGAAUUCGGUUGGCAAAGGUUAUUUGCAUAAUUGGGAAUUUUCGAGAAUUCCUAAGAAUUCCCUAGAAUGACAGAAGGAGGAAAAACACAUUGAGCUUUUUCCUACUCAUAAGAAUUCCCUAGGAAUUCCCUAGAAUGACAGAAGAAGGAAAAACACAUUGAGCUUUUUCCUACUCAUAAGUAAGUUUAUUAGAUUUCAGAUUCUACAUUCAAACUGGGUGAAAUGAAAUUUAUCCACAUCAUGCUUCAUUAUGGUUUGUACAUGGAAAGGUAAUUGUUAUUGCAGCUUCACAAAUAUUUUCAUUGGUGCCGCAACUAACAUUCAUGACAAAGUUUCAUUUAACAUAGAAUGUUUUAAGAACUUUCUUUCUCUCUCUCAAAUACUACCCUUGCAAAAACAAUCCUAAUUAAUCCUAUCACAUCUAUUUUUAUACUAUUUUAUUCCCUCAGACUUGUAUUUUAUUCCCAUUUUACCUGGUAGGGAAAAUAGAGUCACUAUCUUAAUUGUGUUUUACUUUUAUUUUAAACCUAUUUUAAAGCAAGAUUGAACAAAGGGGUGUAUUUUAUUUCUAUUUUCUCUCAACAAGUGGAAAAAUAACCAGAAAAACCGACUAUUUUCAUCCUAUUUUUAUUCCCUACAUCAGUAAAAUAGUGAUAAAAUAGGCUGUUUUAUAUAUAUUUUCUGCUGAUAGGUCAUGUUAUGGCCAAUUCCUUUGGAAAAUAAGAAAAAAAUAGGCUAUCACAAUCCUAUUUUAUAAUAUCUAUUUAAUAUAAUAUUUAUUUUAAAAUAAAUAUUUAUUAAAUAGUUUAUUUUAAUUCUGUUUUCUCCAAAGUAUCCCAGACCCACAAUAUUUAAAACAGCAACUAGA